UAAUCAUGGACAUCGGCGAAUUCGUUUCGCUUUUGGUUGAAUAUGCUGACUUUUUUUUCGUGCAUUCCUAUUAAGAAUCUUUUCGUUUUUUAUAGUAACUAUUAUUCACUGUAAUCCUUCCGCGAAUUUUCAUAGACGUGUUUCUAAUGAAAUCCUUCAGAAGUUCCUAAUCAAUGCUGCUGUUCUCUGAAUAUGGCUGACGAAAGACUAGUGGUCUUAAAACGUAGUGACAAUUUGGGAUUCGGAUUCUCUUUGCUGGGUGAAGCCGGUUUGCCACACAUUAUAUACGAAAUCGAAGAAAACUCUCCGGCAGCUCGUAGUGGCGAGGUUGAGGCGGGAGACGUAUUGCUCAAGGUCAAUGGGACUGAUGUAAACCGGUUCACUACCCGAGAAGUUUUAAAAUGCUUACGACUGUCAUCGGAUCCUGUCACUUUAAGACUGAAAAAGGACCCACAAAUAAAAGCGAGCAUACGGCGGUACCUCUCAGCAGCGGCGGAGCGACGGACCAGUCUACCACGUGUCAACCACGACAAAUCUAGUUCACCGCCAUCGAGUAACUCCAACAGCAACAGCAACAGCAACAGUAACUCGUCGAGCAACUCGUCAAGCAACGGAUCGGGCGUUCAGUCCGGCGACAGCUGCGAGGCGCUACUGACUGAGGAACGGACGCCGCGGCGGCCCCGCAUCGUCCAGCCUAAGUUCGAGGCCUACAUGAUGACCGGGGACCUCAUGCUCAACCUGUCACGUAUCGAACACCCGCACCACAAUCAUCAUGCGCCUACACACCGUACACAUUAUCACAGAUACAACUCGACUCCGGCUUCGCCGAGUGAUGGCCGCGCGUGCGGGCGAGCCGAGCUUGCUCAGCGGCACAACUCCUCGCCAGACACCGGCCUCGUCGGCGAACACGCCGCUAAGAUGUUUAUAUCUCAGCCAGCGUCUCCAGCCGGUGGCGGGACAGCAUCCUCAGGCGAGAUAUCGUCUUCGGGACGGCCGUCGCACACUGUACGUACCUCGCGAUCUGAAGAUCAUUUACAGCAGCUAUAUGAGCCAAGAAAGUUUCAGAAGGAGUCCUCGUUAAGUGCAGUUGCAGUGGAGAUGGAAGAGGAUGUGACGUCAUCGCUAAACACGUUACUAGACGCGCGGCCGGAUUCUGCCACGCCCGCCCCUCGGUCAGAAUCUGAAACUGAGCGAGACAGGAUUGUGUGGACGUACAACGCACCCGUGUCGUCUUCAGCAGAACGGGCCUGCAACGGUUCCGCCCCUACUUCCAACUCCACCUCUAUAUCAGACGGCAUAUCGCAAAGGUCGUCGUCGCCCGCGUCGCCGACGUCGAUGUCGUCGUCGGUGAUGUCGUCCCGCGCCACGCCGCCCCACCGCCCGCCGCCGCACCCCCACCGACCCCUUAAUGGAGACAUGAGCCUUUCAGAAGCUGUAUCCAACAUAUCUAGUCCAGACUAUCAAGACCAAGACGACAUGUUCGAGACUGGUCGAGACUGUCCCCGCAUGGAGCUCUCAGACCCUUCAGACUCAGACUCAACUAUCCUAGUCUCAGAACCUUGUCACAAACGAGUGAAAUCCAACUCUUCGUAUUCGAAUGAGCACGGAAGUGAUGUCACGUUGAACGGUGACCACAACACCGACUAUAGAAUAGUAAUACAAGUGAAAGGACCGGACAAACAGAACGCCAAUGCUAAUGAAAAUGUAAAUAAUAAUAAUAAUAAUUAUACACAGAAUGGAAAGGAGAAUGGCCAUAAUUCACCAGAGAAUCAAGGAUACCAGGAGCUGAAUAGCGGCUCAGACGGCGGCUCGGACGAGGGUUCCGAUGGUGACUCCCUACACUCGUUCCACUACAGUCCGAAGGCUGUGGACAUUCCUUCCGCUGAGCGACUUGCAAAACGUCUUUACCACCUCGACGGCUUCAAGAAGUCAGAUGUUUCCAGACAUUUGAGUAAAAACAACGAGUUCAGCCGCGCGGUGGCGGAGGAGUACGUGCGUCACUUCUCGUUCGGGGGCGCGACGCUGGACGCGGCGCUGCGCGCGUUUCUGGCCAAGUUCGCGCUCAGCGGCGAGACGCAGGAGCGCGAGCGCGUGCUCGUGCACUUCUCGCGGCGGUACCUCGAGUGCAACCCGGGCUCCUUCCGCUCGCAAGACGCGGUGCAUACGUUGACGUGCGCGAUCAUGUUGCUGAACACGGACCUGCACGGCGGCGGCGCGGGCGCGUUCCGGCGGAUGGCCUGCGCGGAGUUCAUCGACAACCUCGCGGACCUCAACGACGGCGGCAACUUCCCGCGGGACACCCUCAAACACCUCUACCAAGCCAUCCGCACGCAGCCGCUACAGUGGGCACUCGACACGGACACGAGCACGGAGGCGAACGCAUCCGGCGGGCCGGACGGGGCGGCGGGCGGCGCGGGGCCGGCGGGCGCGGCGGGGGGCGCGGCGCGCGGCGGGAACCCGUUCCUGGACGUGCCCGACCAGAGCCGCGCCGUCGAGUACAAGAAGGGCUACGUCAUGCGCAAGUGCUGCGUCGACGCCAACGGCAAGAAGACACCAUUCGGGCGGCGCGGCUGGAAAAUGUUCUACUGCACGCUACGAGACUUGGUGUUGUUCCUACACAAGGACGAGCACGGGUUCAGGCGGAGUCAGAUGUCGGACAAUCUACACAACGCUAUAAGAAUACAUCACGCGUUAGCAACUAAAGCGACUGAUUACACCAAAAAGCAACACGUCUUCAGAUUGCAAACUGCUGAUCAAGCUGAAUACUUAUUUCAAACAAGCGACUCAAAGGAGUUGUGCUCGUGGGUGGAGACGAUCAACUUCGUGUGCGCGGCGUACUCGGCGCCGCCGCUGGCCGGCGCGGUGGGCUCGCAGCGCAAGUUCCAGCGUCCGCUACUGCCCUGCACACACACCAAGCUCAACAUGCGCGACCAGUUGAGCGAGCACGAGGAACGCGCCGCGCGGCUCGAGGAGGAGUUGGCGGCGCUGAGGCAUGCACGAGACCCUGCGCCCGCAGCCAGGGAUAAGGACCACUACCUCGCGCACGAGGUGAAGCGGUACCGCACGUACGCAUGCGCGAUGCGGGCUCGCGCGGGAGGCGCGGGCGCGGAGGAGGCGGCGCCCGCGCUGCCCGAACGCGUGGCCGACAGGCCCGCGCCGCCGCCCUGA